CGCUAUUUUUAAUUCAAAAACCAAUCCGAGCUCACCUUGCGAAAGCUGAAGAGCGAACAAACAAAACUGAAGCAGAGUCGAGCUUGCACUUCAUUUGCGCUGCAGCAGCAGUCGGGCAUACUUACUUACACACGAGUUAUAUAAGCUGAUACGUAUAUAGAUUAAUGUUUCAGCACCAAGACUCACCAAUAUCCGAACAAAAUCAAGUUCUUAUAUAGUAUUAGUAGAAUAAAUCUUAAAUUGAUUACCAGGAAAGAGGAAGCAAUUAAAGGAUUGGCUUUAAGCUGUAUUUGUCUUUGAUUCUGCUUACAAAUAGUAUUUUUGUGAAAAUGACAUUUAUUUCGGCUGCUUUUGUGCUGUCAGUUUUGACAUCAUGUACUGUAGCCAAAUAUAACUAUGAUCCACCAAUACAGCAACGAGGAUACGACUAUCCACCACCGAAAGUACCCUUUAUUGAGGCCCCACCACCAAGAUUGCCUGCUUCUUCUCCUACAACUCCGCCGCCAACUUUGGGAUACACGUAUCCAAUACCGAUUGUGCCUUUCACUAUACCAUCACCACCAAAGCCUAAUACCCCGAGACAGCCUCAAUCUAACCUGAUCAUACCACCAUUGCAUGAAAAACCGCCGCAACCAUCGAAGUCAACCGGCUAUUCCUACCCUCGCCCGUCAACGCCAUUUACUUACCCAUCUAGCCGUCCUCCAGUAACGCCAACACGUCCCGUAACAAGAACGCCUAAAACAUCUGCAAAUUCAACAGGAUAUGUAUACACGCAACCCGAUGUUCCUUUUACAAUUCCUCCAAGAGCUCAAACGACGCGAGUGCCUUCUGUUCCAAUAAAUGAGCCAUCGGCAAUACCUACCUCACAACCUUCGAAAUCUACAGGUUACUUUUACCCUAAGCCUAACGCCUCACUAACUAUACCAUCUUUACCACCGAAAUCAACGGGUUAUGUCUACACCCGACCUACAGUUCCUUUUACAACUAAACCGAAGACACCGAGUGUUUCGCCAACAUUGCCAAAAACUCGACUAUCAACACAUAAUCCGGCUCUCUCAAACUCAACUGGUUACUCGUAUCCAACACCGAAAAUACCUUUUCCCUUGCCAUCUGAAGUUCCACCAACACGUUUGACGCCGGUCACAAAAUCACCACCUACUCAAGCAACAGCUGCGCGGACACCUAAUCUAGCUUCAGCGACUCCUAAAACUAUAGGCUAUACAUACCCGCGACCAUCGAUCGAAUUUAAGCCAACACAUAAAGUACAAACAACACAUCCAACAAAAACGACAGGAUAUUCAUAUGUUUCUCCUUCAAUUCCGUUUACAAUUCCAUCUAAGGCUCCCGUUACCCUCUCGCCUCAAAUAGUAACCCGCCCAACAACUGCCCCUCCACUUCUCGUUCAGACUACUGGAUAUUCCUACAUUAAACCUGAUGUUCCUUUCACGAUUCCAUCGAGGUCACCAUUGACUACUUCUGCAUCACCAAUCAAAACCAAUAAGUCGAUCCCUCCGAAAUCUGUAGGGUAUACUUAUACCCCACCAGCUAUUCCCUUCACAAUUCCUUCAAGGACUUCAACAACUUUACCCCCACCACCCCCGACAGUAACACACCCGCCAUUAAAACGACCAGACUCGCAAACAACUCGUUCAAAAAUUGAAGGAUAUACAUAUGACCCACCAGCUGUUGCUUUCACGAUUCCAUCAAGGACUCCAACAAUAGGUCCAACCAAUACAGUGCAAACAACACCUGUGCCGCUUACCAUUUCUUCUGAAUCUCCACAAACCAAUCCACAUCCAAAGACGGGAUAUAUAUAUACGCCACCCGCAAAACCAUUUACAACACCAACAAAGGCGCCAAAGAAAGAGGGGUACACAUAUCCAGCACCUGCCGUACCUUUCACAUAUCCGCAACAGACGUUAUCAACCGUGGUAUCCACUUAUCUCCCACCUCAGGAGAAGGGCUACUCCUAUCCUAAACCGGCAAUACCCUUUGGACUCUGAAUAUAAAUUAUGAUUAUAUACACUUAAAUAAUUAUGAAUGAUGUUUCCUAACUCUCUUAUACUGUGUAGUAUUUCCAACUUAGGCGUGUAUAUGUACAUAUGGCAUUGAAAAGAUUUUCCUGCGGUAAUAUUUUAAUGUCACAUUGCGCUCCACUUAUUGUUCGUUAAAUUUCGUGAACAGUUGAAUUAAUAAAUUUUAAUUACAAUACCUGCCCAUAUAUGCACAUAUAGUAGAUACAAAUUGUGCACAUGCAUACAUAUACAAGACAUAUUUUCUUUGCCUAGCCUCGAAAUAUUACUGCCUCCGUACUCAAACCACGUAAUGUAAACGAUUUAAGCCAUAUUUAUGGUAUGUAUGUAUGUAUAGUAAUUCAAAUUAUUUGGUAACGAGUGAUAAUGUAAAUCUAUGGAACUUUUACUGAUACCAAUUUGUGCACUUUGUGAUUGAUUAAAGAUUAAUAUUAUGUGUAAUGAUUUAUUUCUAUAAUGCCAAAAUAUGUGUAUAAGCUUUUAAGGUAUAUUUGUAAACCGUGUAAGAAUAAUAACACAUCGUCGUGGUUACAGAAAUUAUUCAGGAA